AUGGGUGACGGAGGCGAAUUGUUAAUAAUAAUAGGCACAGAGAGAAGAGAGACAGAGAGAGAGAGUGUGUGUGUGGGAAAAAAAGAGUCGGUGUGGUGGAAGGGGGGGUGUGAGCAGGAAGUGGAGGUUGAGGAGAGGGAAAAGUCUAUCCGGCGCAAGUCAAGUGACAACACUGCGUUUUGGUGGCUGAUUGACGGGUCUCUGGCGCUACAUACUGAGGGCAGAGUGACCGGCUUUUGUAUAGGAUCCACCGCCGACCCAGAGGCCAUAUUGGGAAUGGAGGCUGGUGCUGGUGGCGAGUCUGAGGCUCUGGCCCCAUUCUGGCGUCAUCCGCCAGCCAAUCGACGCUGCGUCUGGAGUGGGUCCCCAGCUUCUGCAGUAUUCCUUAGGACGGCGGGCAUUGGAUGGUGGGUGCCGGACGAGAAUGGCCAGGGGUAA